AUGAAAACUGACGUUUUCCCGAUUUCUCUUAAAGCCGCGAAAAAUAAUAUUUUUCAAGUACAGAAGCGAUUUGCAUAUUAUCGUUUCCAUAAGAGAGUAGGAAAAGGAUCAUGGUCACGAUAUAUAGAAAGAUACCAAUUACCGAGAAGUAUAGAAAAUACACAACGUCUAAUAUUUAAUUAUGAAGCAACAUUUUCUGAAAAAAAAAUAUCUAGCAGCUGGCAAUGGAUGCUACCUAAGAAAUUGGCGCAAGCCACUACUUCUGAUGAGGUUUUAAACGUAUGGGUAUAUUAUAGACAUAAAAGAAAAAAGGCAUAUCAUUAUAUGAAGGUAUUAAAACGGUUAGUAGAUGUUGGUAUGUGUUCAAGUAGUGAUUGGCGAUUUAAAUUAAUAUCAUCAAGAAUAGAAAAUAAAAUUAAUACAUUUUUAAAUUUACCUAGAAUAUGCUAUUAUUAUGGUAAAUUAAAAGCCACAGCGCAAUUAGAAAAUAUGACAAAAAUGUUAAAUAAUAGAUUAUAUAUUUAUUUACCUUACCAAUUAAUAUUAAUAUUAAGAGGUUUUUCAAUAUGUAAAUUACAGGACAAAUAUUUAUUUAACAAAAUUAGAGACUUAUUGCGUUCACAUAUUAAUACUAUAACAUUUAGUCAAUUAACACAAAUAAUUGAAUGUUAUGCUUCUUGUUUGAUACAUGACUAUUUAUUUUUUAAUGAAUUAACAAAAGAAAUUGCAUAUCGUAUUAGUCUAUGCAAUUCUGAAAAUCAUAAUCAAUUUGAAAGUUUUGAUAAUCCACAUUUUGACAAUAAAAAUUAUGAGAAUAAUAAUAACAAUGAAGAGAAUGAACAGGUUAUUAUUAGUGAAAAUGAUGAUUAUAUAGACAGUGAUAGAGAUAAAGCGUUAUUACAUGCAUUAGCUUCUGAAAAUAGUUUAUUAAAAUAUAAGCAAGAACAUUUUAAUUAUUAUCCAAAUAUAAAAAAUUUAAUUGAUAUAGCUUAUUACUUUUCUGUUUUAAAAUUUCAGAACUAUCCCUUUUUUGAUUAUAUUAGUAUAUAUACAAUACAUAUGCUAAAAAAUGAAGAAAACUGCUUAAAUCCGCAUUUAAUAGAAAAAAUUGUUCAAUCGUUUUAUUCAUUAAAAAUUAAUGAUAUAAAACUUUUUGAGCACAUAUUAAAGCAUAUACAAUUAUAUUUAUAUGACUAUCCUCCUAGUGUAUUAUGCGCAAUUGGUUAUUAUCUCUCUUUAAUAUUACCUUGCCAAUAUUCAGAAAUAUUUAAAAUUUUUAAAAAAAUGUUAUUACAUGUGGAAAGCCAUAUUAAUAUUCUUGAUAUGGAUUCCCUUACUAAAUUAUCUUCAUUUGUGAGUAAAACAUUUACAGACAAAGAAAGAGCCAAAAGAAUUUUGCUGAAUAUAAAUGAGCAGGUAAAGAAGAUAGAUCGCGAUUUUAAUGCUCAAGGAGAUUCCAGUGUUGAAUUCAAGAGAAAUAAAAGCGAUGUUUAUGAUGUACCAAAACUUAUAGAAGUUUUAUCCUUACACAAUUGCAUCGACGAAGGGUCAUUUAACAUUUUGUGUAAACAUGCACAUAAUAAUAUAAAAUAUUUUGAACCUUGUGAUUUUAGCAGAAUAGCACGAGCUUUGAAUAAUAUAAAAAAAAAUCUCAAUUUAUGUGAUGAAAAAAUUAUAAAUGCUAUAUCAAGAAAUGUUAUAAAACAACAUGAUUUAUUCAAUGUUAUUGAUUAUCAUCAAACAGUUAAUUCAUUAUUACAAAUUGGUGCAAUGAAAGAUAUAUAUAAAAUAUAUUUAGUUAAACAUCAUAACAAUAUACCAUUUUACGGAUUUAAUGAAUUAACAAUAAAUUUCGAAAUACCAAAUGAAUCACCAAAGCCUAUUUAUAGAUAUAAAAAUGGAACUAUAUUUUUUUCGAAUAAAAAAAUUAAGCAGCAAUAUCCGUUGUAUAAAUCAAUAGAAGACUAG